AUGCAUUUUCAACAUUGGCAAGGACAGCGUGCGCAUGUCGUGGCACAGGGUAAUCAACGUUUUCUCUACUCACAGCAACAACAACAGCCUACAGCGGUGACGGCCACGGUGACGCAAGACGAUGAGGAUGCAUUGGGACCGCUGCCCGAUGGCUGGGAAAAGAAGGUGCAAUCGGAUAAUCGUGUAUACUUUGUGAAUCACAAGAAUCGCACGACACAGUGGGAGGACCCGCGCACGCAGGGUCAAGAAGUUAGUUUAAUGAACGAGGGUCCACUACCGCCCGGCUGGGAGAUACGCUACACCACUACAGGUGAACGCUUCUUUGUCGAUCACAAUACACGCCGCACCACAUUCGACGAUCCACGUCCGGGCGCACCCAAAGGCGCUAAAGGUGUGUAUGGCGUGCCACGCGCCUAUGAGCGUUCCUUCCGUUGGAAGCUCUCACAAUUCCGCUACCUCUGCCAGAGUAAUGCUUUGCCGUCACACAUUAAAAUAACCGUGACACGACAGACGCUCUUCGAAGAUUCAUACCACCAAAUUAUGCGUUUGCCUGCCUAUGAGCUGCGACGUCGCCUCUAUAUAAUUUUCCGUGGUGAGGAGGGUCUUGACUAUGGUGGUGUGUCGCGUGAAUGGUUCUUUUUGCUAUCACAUGAGGUGCUCAAUCCCAUGUAUUGCCUCUUCGAGUACGCCAACAAAAACAACUAUAGUUUGCAAAUCAAUCCGGCCUCGUAUGUGAAUCCAGAUCACUUGCAGUAUUUCAAAUUUAUUGGCCGUUUCAUAGCGAUGGCAUUGUAUCAUGGUCGUUUUAUAUAUUCCGGAUUCACAAUGCCCUUCUACAAGCGUAUGUUGAACAAGAAAUUGACUAUAAAAGACAUUGAAACCAUCGAUCCGGAGUUUUAUAAUUCGCUUAUUUGGGUGCGUGACAAUAAUAUUGACGAGUGUGGAUUGGAGCUUUGGUUUAGCGUCGACUUUGAGGUGCUUGGACAGAUAAUACAUCAUGAAUUGAAGGAGAAUGGCGAAAAAGAACGAGUGACGGAGGAGAAUAAAGAGGAAUAUAUAACACUCAUGACUGAAUGGCGGAUGACGAGAGGUAUUGAGCAGCAGACAAAAACAUUCCUGGAAGGCUUCAACGAGGUGGUGCCGCUCGAAUGGCUUAAGUAUUUCGACGAACGUGAAUUGGAGCUCAUAUUGUGCGGCAUGCAAGAUGUAGAUGUGGAUGAUUGGCAACGGAAUACGAUUUACAGGCAUUACAAUCGCAACUCCAAGCAAGUGAUGUGGUUCUGGCAGUUUGUGCGCGAUACGGACAAUGAAAAGCGUGCACGCUUGCUGCAAUUUGUUACGGGUACGUGUCGUGUGCCCGUCGGCGGUUUCGCUGAGUUAAUGGGCUCCAAUGGACCGCAACGCUUUUGCAUAGAAAAAGUUGGCAAAGAAACAUGGUUGCCGCGUUCGCAUACCUGCUUCAAUCGUUUGGACUUGCCGCCGUAUAAGAGUUACGAUCAGCUAGUGGAGAAAUUGACAUUUGCCAUUGAAGAGACUGAAGGCUUCUGCCAGGAGUAGAGCGGAAAGCGGCGAGUAGUGACCAUUGUGUACAAGUAAAGAGGACGCCGAAGCAGUUGUGGGCGGUCUUGUUGAGUGUGUGGUGUAAUUGGCAACCAAAUAAAGGUAGCAGGAAUGGAAAUGUUAUAUUUAUGUUUAAUGUUAUAUUGUAAUUGUUAUGCAACGAAAUUCGCGCGUACUAAUGUAAUGUUACGGACAUUUUUAUAUUUUAGUUUGU